AGCAAACCACGUGAUCUAAGCAUUCAAGAUGGCGGCUGCCGCACGUUGUGUACGCUUUCUUCUUCGAAACCCUUCAAACGUCAAUCCGUCCUCAAGGCUUGUACUCAGAUGUCUCAAUGGCUCAAAGUCAGUAAAAACCGCUACGCCAGUAUCGUUAAGAACAAGUUUAAAAGAAGCAGGAAUGUUAAAUAGCUCCAGGAAUUACAGUUUGGUGUCCAAAGCAAAUAAUUUUACGAAUACUAUUAGACCAGUUAGUGCGCUAUGUAACAUAUCCAUUUCACCACCUCUGAACCUGGACACUACUGGRGGUUCUGGUGAAGGCAUYGAUGGUUCAGGAGACGAUGAUGGAGAGACUUGGUCUCAGAAUAGUGAAGAGGGYUAUAUAGGUGACGACACAUAGCACCUUGCCUCUGUUAAUGAAGUUAUACUUUACAAAAUGUAAUGUAAUUUGAUGUCAAAUUUUAUGGUAUUUUAAAAUCAUCCACUUGUAAGCGUGGUACAUAUUGUUUUUCACAAAAUAAACAUUUCUUUUCAACUAUCAAAA